AUGUUGACCAGCUCGCUCGUUCUCGUCAGUCUCAUCGCAGGGACUACCCUAGCAUCUCCUGCGCCAUUCCAAUUCAAGAGACAAUCCGAUAUCAACUCCUUCAUUACGACCGAGACCACUAUCGCGAAGCAGGGGGUUUGGGACAAUAUCGGAGCCGAUGGGGCGCUGGUGAGCGGUGCUAGUGCCGGUGUGGUCGUGGCGUCUCCAUCAAAAGAGAACCCUGACUACUUUUAUACCUGGACCCGUGACUCUGCUCUGACUAUUAUGGAGAUCAUUGAGCAAUUCGUUGCCGGCAACACGUCGCUUGAAUCCCUCAUUCACGACUACGUUGAUUCCCAAGCCAAGCAACAGACCGUCUCCAACCCAUCUGGAGGACUUUCUGAUGGAUCCGGACUCGCUGAGCCUAAAUUCUUCGUCAACCUCACCGCGUUCACUGGCUCGUGGGGUCGUCCUCAGCGCGACGGGCCCGCGUUGCGUGCUUCUGCUUUGAUCGCCUACGGGAACUCCUUGAUUGCUCAGGGUAAAGAGUCUGUCGUAAAUACGCACAUUUGGCCUAUUGUCUCCAAUGACCUGGCAUAUGUGGCUCAGUACUGGAACCAAAGCACCUUUGAUCUCUGGGAAGAAGUUCAGGGCUCGUCCUUCUUCACCACCGCAGCUCAGCACAAGGCUCUUGUUGAGGGCGCUGCCUUCGCAAAGGCUUUGGGUCAGUCGUGUGAUGGCUGCUCCGUAGCGCCUCAAAUUCUUUGCUUCCUCCAGGAUUACUGGAAUGGCACGGCUGUUAUUUCUAACAUUGCCAACAACGGUCGCAGCGGAAUCGACGCGAACUCUGUGCUAGCUUCAAUUCAUACCUUUGACCCGGCUGCCGGCUGCGAUGAUACCACCUUCCAGCCUUGCUCGGCGCGUGCUUUGUCCAAUCACAAGAUCUAUGUUGACUCCUUCCGGUCUAUCUAUGGCGUCAACUCGGGUCGCUCCGCCGGCAAGGCCGCCGCUACUGGACGGUAUGCGGAGGACUCUUACCAGGGCGGAAACCCAUGGUACCUCACUACCCUCGCCGCGGCAGAACUGCUCUACGACGCGCUCUACCAAUGGGACAAGCAAGGAGCCAUUGAAGUCACGGACGUCUCCCUUCCAUUUUUCAAGGACUUGGCCAGCAACGUCACGGCUGGAUCGUACUCAAAGGGCUCUGCCGGCUAUGCAUCUCUCACGGGUGCCGUCAAGACUUACGCAGACGGAUUCAUCUCCGUUGUGCAGCAAUACACCCCUAGUAACGGCGGCUUGGCCGAGCAGUUUGGCCGAGACUCUGGCGAGCCAGUUUCAGCGGCUGACCUAACCUGGUCAUACGCUGCUUUCCUGACGGCCGUCGCGAGACGCAAUGGCGAGGUUCCUGCGUCUUGGGGCUCAUCGACUGCCAAUACGGUCCCGAGUCAAUGCAGUGGAACCACUGCCACUGGGACUUAUGUCACUCCUACUGCUACUGCAUGGUAG